CUUGGUUAAUUUGGGGAGCAAGCAAGAGAAGGCCAAUUCAUAUAUGGAGAAAAGAGGAUUAAGAUUAUUAGCUUAAAAAGAAAGAGCAAGGAACAGAAAGAUUGCUUCCGUUCACAUCAACACACACCAACACACAAUCUCAAUCACAAAGGGGAACGAAGCUCCGUUCACAUCAACACAUACCGGCGCUUCACUCUCUCUCUCCGCUCUUAGAAGUUUCAUUUUUUUUCGCAAGUUCUGUCUUCUUUGUUCUUCUUUGCUUGUAAACUAACAUCUGUCAAAAUAGGCAAAAUGAGCUGGAGAUACAAAGGUGGGUUGCUUCUCAUUAUCACUUUUGUGAUCAUGUGGGUCACUUCUGCAGAAUUUACUCAGGGUGUUUUCGAGAAGUAUGAGCAGCCAUUCGCAGUGACCUAUCUCGGGACUUCGCUCUUGGCGUUCUAUCUUCCCAUAGCAUUCUUGAAGGACUGGUUUCUGAAAUUCCUAAAAUCCCGCACUAGGGAAAGUGGUGAUAGUGCGGAGACAGUCGAUGCAAGCUGUGCAGGUCCAGAUUCUCCUGGCCAAAAUAAUGGGAAGCAAAGUAAUAUUGAAAUGGUAAAUCAAGAAAAGUUGAGUGUGGCGGAUUCAACAGGCGAUGAAGUUCAUUUACUUGAAGAGGGACAGGCCUCUGUUUCAGAAGCAAAAGAUGAUGACAUUGUGGAACAAGAGGAGAAGAUGAGCAGCAAGCAAUUUCUCAAAGUUGCCUGCACCCUUGCGCCUAUGUGGUUUGUGUGUGAGUAUCUCAUGAAUGCCGCGCUCGCACGAACAAGCGUUGCCAGCUCCACGAUAUUGUUAUCAACAUCAGGACUUUUCACCCUUCUGAUUGGUGCAAUUCUAGGACAGGACUCCAUAAGUGUAAUAAAAGUAAUCUCAGUCUUUAUCAGUAUAGCCGGAGUCACCAUGACUGCACUAGGGAAGACUUCAAGUACCGAUCAAUCACAUUUGAACACAACUGUAACCUACCCUCUUCUAGGGAAUCUUCUCGCGAUUCUCUCGGCUGCAACUGAUGGACUAUUUGCUGUGCUUCUGAGGAAGUACGCUGGAGAGGAAGGAGAAAGGGUGGACAUACAAAAGUUAUUGGGUUGUAUCGGACUAAUCUCGCUUCUCGCAUUAUGGUGGCUUGUUUGGCCUCUCACUGCUUUAGACAUAGAGCCCAAAUUUGCCUUUCCUCAGUCUGCGGCCAUGGGGGGAGUUGUUCUUGCCAACUGCUUCGUCGCAAAUUUCCUCUGUAAUUAUUUCUGGGCGCUCAGCGUUGUUUGGACCACUCCUCUGGUGGCAUCACUAGGUGCCUCCCUCCAGAUACCGGUCGCCAUGUUGGAAGACAUCCUAAUACACGGUCGGCGGUUUUCACUCGUUUACAUUCUUGGCUCGGUCCAGGUAAUGCUGGGAUUCGUUAUAGCUAACUUGUCAGACUGGUUCUCACCGACAUCGCACAUGCAUUGAGAUAAUUUUGUACGUGUGUACAUAUGACUAUAUGAGAUACUCCAGUUCCAGGAUAAAAUACAGAUAAAUCCAUUGCUUGUCUGUCUUUAAGCACACUCGAUAUAUAAUUGGUAACGGUUUCACGAUCAGGUAAAACACAA